AUGCCCCAGCGUGCUCAUAAAGCUCUCUCGGCUCUCUCACGUGCUCUCACACGCUCUCACGCGCUCCCUCACGCGCUCUCUCACACUUUCUCUCACGCGCUCUCUCACGUGCUCUCUCACGCCCUCUCUCACGUGCGCUCUCACGCACGCUUUCACGCGUCUCUCACGCGCUCUCACGCGCUCUCUCACGCGCACUCUCACGCGCUCUCUCAUGUGCUCUCUCACGCGUUCUCUCACGCGCUCUCUCACGCGCUCUCUCACGCACGCUUUCACGCACGCUUUCACGCGUCUCUCACGCACUCUCUCAUGCGCUCUCUCACGCGCUCUAUCACACGCACUCUCACGCGCUCUCUCACGCGCUCUCUCACGCGCUCUCUCACGCGCCCUCUCAUGCUCUUUCUCAUGCUCUCUCUCACGCGCUCCCUCUGGAGCUCUCUCACGCUCUCUCUCAAGCGCUCUCUCACGCACUCUCUCACGCGCUCUCUCACGCGCUCCCUCACGCGCUCUCUCACGCGCUCUCUCACGCGCUCCCUCACGUGCUCUCUCACGCGCUCUCUCACGCGCUCUCUCACGCGCACUCUCAUGCACUCUCUCACGCGUCUCACUCGCUCUCUCACGCGCUCUCUCUCACGCGCUCUCUCUCACGCGUCUCACGCGCUCACUCACGCGCUCUCCCACGCGCUCUCCCACGUGCUCCCUCACGUGCUCUCUCUCACGCACUCACUCAAGCGCACUCUCACUUACACUCUCACGUGCACUCUCACGUGCACUCUCACUCGCACUCUCACGCGCUCCCUCACGCGCACUCUCAUCCGCACUCUCACGCGCUCUCUCACGCGCUCUCUCACGCGCACUCUAACGAGCUCUCUCACGCGCACGCGCUCUCUCACGCGCACGCGCUCCCUUACGCGCAUGCGCUCUCUCACGCGCUCUAUCACGCGCACUCUCAGGAGCACUCUCACUCGCACGCGCUCUCUCACGCGCUCCCUCACGUGCUCACUCGUGCGCUCUCUCGUGCGCUCUCUCACGCGCACUCUCACGCGCGCUUUCCUGCGUGUUCGCUCCCGUGUACAUGCUCUCCCUCGCGCUCCGUCUCUCCCCUUCUUCAAAUGA